UUGGCAGGCGGCGUGCGCGGAUCGGACCGGAGAAUUAGAACCCCAAACCCCAAAAGAAAUUAGCAUUCGGGAUCGGGAGAUCACUGCUUUACCGUUGUUUUUUGGCCGGGAAACAAAAAGAGACAACGAACACCGCCGAACCGAAAGUGUCGCCCAGUUUUUCUCCACCUCCGUUUUCGUUAUUGCGCGUGCGCCAAGUGCAGGGAAAAAAAAAGAAAAGAGAGAAGACCGAUAUAGAAAUCGCGAAAAAUCGAGGAAAAGCGAAGAGUUGAGUGCGCGAACUCGUACGCAUUAAGGAUCCGCCGUUGUCCUUAUACCCGUAACCGUGGCGAAGGAACUGGCCAAUUUGUUGACCCAGCAGAGCAACAGUCCCGAGAUGACUCAACAACCACAAUGGGGCAUAAACCUAUCGCGGUUUUUCGUGAUCCCCCAGCGAGUGAUCCUGGCCAUCAUGGGCUUCCUGGCCAUCCUGAAUGCCUACACGAUGCGGGUCUGCCUUUCGCAGGCAAUCACGGUUUUGGUCGUCAAGAAGAAUACCUCGGAAGAUGUAGAUGAAAGUCUCAAAAUCUGCGAAGCCGAUGACUUGGAUAGUGGAACCAAUGUUGGUGGAGACUACGAAUGGUCCGAGGAACUGCAGGGCUUGAUCCUGUCCUCCUUCUACAUUGGCUACAUUGUCACCCACAUUCCCGGCGGUCUGCUGGCCGAGAAGUUCGGUGGCAAGUGGACCCUGGGCAUUGGCAUCCUCUCCACCGCAGUGUUCACCAUGCUGACCCCCCUGGCGAUCACCAAGGGCGACUCCGACUGGCUGAUCGUGACGCGAGUGCUGAUGGGUCUGGGCGAGGGCACCACCUUCCCCGCCUUGAGUGUCCUGCUGGCCGCCUGGGUUCCAGCCAAUGAGCGUGGAAAGCUCGGUGCCUUGGUGCUGGGCGGAGGUCAAGUGGGCACCAUCAUGGGCAACCUGUUGUCUGGAGUGUUUAUCGAUGCGUACGGCUGGGAGUUUGUCUUCUACUUCUUCGGCGGUCUGGGUGUUAUUUGGUUCGUCAUCUUUGUCUUCCUGUGCUACAGCGACCCCUCUACGCAUCCGUUCAUCAAGCCCAGCGAGCGGGAGUAUCUGAUCAAGGAGAUCGGACCCAUCAGCCGCAAUGAGAACCUGCCGCCCACUCCGUGGAAGGCCAUCCUCACCAACCUGCCCAUGUUCGCCUUGGUGUCCGCCCAGAUCGGCCACGACUGGGGCUUCUACAUCAUGGUGACCGACCUGCCCAAGUACAUGUCCGACGUCCUGCAGUUCUCGAUCAAGGCCAACGGUCUGUACUCCUCGCUGCCCUACAUCAUGAUGUGGAUCGUGUCCGUGGGCAGUGGCUUCGUCGCCGAUUGGAUGAUCCGUACCGGCAUCAUGGACACCACGAAAACGAGGAAGGUGAUGACGGGUCUGGCCGCAUUCGGUCCGGCCAUCUUCAUGGUGGGCGCCUCCUACGCCGGCUGCGAUCGUGUCCUCGUCGUGGUGCUCUUCACCAUCUGCAUGGGUCUCAUGGGCGCCUACUACGCUGGAAUGAAGCUGAGUCCCCUGGACAUGAGUCCCAACUACGCCGGCACCCUGAUGGCCAUCACCAACGGAAUCGGAGCCAUUACCGGUGUGAUUACGCCGUAUCUGGUUGGAGUGAUGACACCAAACGCCUCCCUGAUGGAGUGGCGUCUGGUGUUCUGGGUGGCAUUCGGCGUGCUCUGCGUCACGGCGGUGAUUUACUGCAUUUGGGCAUCCGGGGAGGUGCAGCCGUUCAACAAUCCUCCGAUUCAGCCGCGCACCGUGGACUUUGAGGCGCAGGAGCGCAAACCGGAAGCCGGAAAGUCCAGGGGAUUGGAGCAGAGCUCCUAAGGCGGAACGCCAUCGAAAGUGCCAUAUAUAUGUUCGCUGUACUCUAGUUAAAAUGCUGUCCACGUGGAUCCACGAUUCACGGAAGACCCGCAGAGCAUUGUCACACUGUAUACCGCUGUUCAGAUUGCUAGUUUUAUAGUAUUCCCGAUCUGGCCGAUCCCUGGCAGAGGCGCCAAAACCACUAAUUUAAGCGAAUUUACUUACACUCCCCAACGUGCGCAGUGCACUUCAGUGUGUGUGUGUGUUCCUGAUUUAUCCAGGAUAACCCCCUACCCAAAGCAACCUAUCAAAACCCUAUCCCAUCACCAACAUCCUUCUUCGCCGCGCACGCAACGUACUCUCUUAAUUAUUAUUUAGUAUUUAAACGAAAUGCGAUUUCACGUUUAAGAUUUAGUGUACACAGAGCUCGUAUUGCCGUAUUGUAAAUCAAAUGAUGAAAUAAUUUGUACAUUUUAGAUUGUUGAUCAAUGUGUAAAGUGAAGCGUGUUUUUAACUGUUCUGUUAAGACAUUACUGUUUUUAUGACGUUAGUCAAAUAAAGUGUAUAAAGCAAAUUAA